AUGGCGGACCGUGAACAUGACGUUGAGGAGGGCAAUGAAGCUCUAGACCCGGAGCUUCUCUACUCCAAGGAGUACUGCAUUGGUGGUGGUAGUUUCGGAAAGGUUUACAAAGGAGUCGAUAAACGAACGGGCCAGUCUGUUGCAAUCAAAGUCAUUGACAUUGAAAGCGCUGAAGAUGAGGUUGAAGAUAUUAUACAGGAAAUUGCUAUCCUGUCAGAGCUACAAUCCCCCUAUGUCACCAAGUAUUAUGGAUCUUACGCGAAAGGUGCAGAGCUAUGGAUUGUCAUGGAGUUUUGCUCAGGUGGAAGUUGCGCCGACCUAAUGAAGCCAGGAUUGAUCAGCGAGGAUUACAUCGCUAUCAUUGUGCGGGAGUUGCUUAUGGGACUGGACUAUCUUCAUACAGACAAGAAGCUACAUCGAGAUGUCAAAGCUGCCAAUGUGCUUCUUAGCAGCAAUGGCCAAGUUAAACUUGCCGAUUUUGGUGUCUCGGGUCAACUCUCAGCAACAAUGACCAAGAAGAAUACUUUUGUCGGAACUCCUUUUUGGAUGGCCCCAGAAGUCAUUAAGCAAUCUGGGUACGAUCACAAGGCCGAUAUUUGGUCUCUUGGUAUCACAGCUCUCGAAUUAGCGAAUGGAGAACCCCCAUAUGCCGAUAUUCACCCUAUGAAAGUUCUGUUCCUCAUCCCCAAGAACCCUCCACCAAGACUUGAAGGCAACUUCACCAAAGCCUUCAAGGACUUUGUUGAAUUAUGUCUACAGAGGGAUCCCAAGGAUAGACCAACAGCCAAGGAUAUGCUGCGCCACCCGUUUAUUAGACGGGCGAAGCGGACAACUUAUCUUACUGAGCUCAUUGAAAGACACCAACGAUGGGCAGCCACACACAAGGGAGAGGAUGAUGAUAACUGGGGUUCUGACAACAUUGGUCGUCCUCCACAAGAACGUGAGCGAGUUGAUGAGGACAUGUGGGACUUUGGUACUGUCAGACUUGUUGGUGACCGUGGAGGUAUCUUCAACCGACCGGGCUUGAAUGCAUUGGACGAGAAUGCGACAAAUGCUCGUGCUUCACGACCUCUGGAAAGUGAAAAAGAUUAUGGCGAGCAGCGACGGGAGACCAGUCCGAUGAAGCGAGACUAUGGACUCCAACCGCUUGAGACUGUAAAGGCACCCAACUCAAGACAGUCGAGCCCACAACGAAAGGCUGUUCCUCAGACACAAUAUCAUCCACCGGGCCUUGCACCACCACCAGGAUUCGGAUCACCAGGACUCUCGCCUCCACCAGGACUCCCGUCUCCAGGACUCUCAUCACCACCGGGAUUUUCAUCACCUACGAGAGCAUUGCCGCAGACCCCGAUGAAAGCAGCUACUAGAGAUAGUGCAGACACCCCUAGGCCAUUGCGACCAGUACAUACAGCACCUGUGCCCGAGUCUCCAGAGUACGAUCGCGAGCUUCAAGACCAACUGCAGCGAGAAGUUGGCAUGCUCAACUUGGGUUAUGAACCAAAGACUGAGACUCAGCCGCAACCACAGCGAUCUCUACCACCUGCUCCACCAGCACAUCAAGCACGGCCAACAACUACCAAGCAAAUGAGUCUACCAGAGAUCCCUGCAUACAGACCUAACCAGGCUGUUUCGCAGCAAAGGAUGCCGUCGUUACAGCACGCCCCCACACCUCAGGUUAUUGUGCCGGUGCCUGGAGGAGCUCAAGGUCCUCGACCUCUUCCGACAAAGGCAUCUUCACCUAGCCCAUCCGAGUUUACUGGCCCCUCGGCUUUUCCUACGCCUGCGCCAGCUAAUCCCAACGGUGAAUUGGAUGCGCUUAACGAUGUCAUCUUUCCUGCAUUGGAAGAAGCGCUUAAGCGGCGACAGAUCAAUCUUCAGCAUAUGUAUAAGCCUGGACAGACCCCAGCUCAGAUGUCACCUCAACAGCAGAGGGCAGAGGCUUCGCAUGAGAAAUUGAGGAAGCUAGUCUACAAACUUGCACAUGUCUGCAAAGAGAUUGAUCAUUAUGACAAGGCCGAGCCUGUUGGUAUGGGUAGAGAGGUUGGCAGUUUCUUGGAAGGACUUCUUGAGGAGAUCCUUGUACGAGUUGAGCCUUUAGACGAGGAUGAAGAUGUGCAGGGUUAG